AUGAAAAAUCAAAAUAGAAAAGGAAAGCCUAAAUUAGGAUAAGUCUGUUCCCUAAUUCUUUUUAAAAGUUGUUCAUAUAUUUAAAAAGUGCAAGAAAUAGUAAUAUCUUUAUUAUUUAACUUUUCAUUCUUCAAAAGACAAGUAAGAUGUAAUGCCAUAAAAUCAGGAGUUAAAGAAAUUGAAAAUAUGUUUGAAAUACCAAGUUUGAAUUCUUGUUUGAAUUAAUUAAAGAAAGAUUAUUGCAUUUUUCAAAAGGGAUAAUAGGUUAUGAGAAAGUUUUUUCUAUUUUUAAAAGAAAUAUCUAAUAUUUCUGAAUGUAAAACUAAAUGGAGCUAUAAUCUAAAUAUAGAAUUUCAUUAUUCAAUGGCUCAUGCUAACAAAUAUUAAUAUAUAUAAGUUUUUCUCAAUAAAGCAUUCGAAGGCUUCUUAAUACACUCCAAAAAUAUUUUAAUUUCAUUCUUUUGUUAAAUACCAUUAUUAACUCAAAUUUAACCAAAAACUAUUAUUUUUUAGUUUUCACUACUCAUUUAAAUUGACAAUUUUCUCUCAUAUUACUUUUUAAUUUGUUCAUAAUUUACAUCAUCAUAUGAAUUUUAGUUUAUCUAAUACUUAGCUACAAAUUAUGUUAUAUAUCUAAUUAAUUACUUGGAUAUUUAUUAUAUACUUCAUAUUUUGUUUUUUAUGUCUGAAAUCUAACAUUCAAUUAUUUGA